CAUCCGUCAAUGAAGGCCCAGGAGGGGCGGGGCCUGUCCGCUGUUUGUAAACACAGGUGUCGCGAGUUGUGUUUGUCCGCGCGUUCUCAUCGCAACCGCCGAGUAAACGGCCGCGGCGCGAGGGACAGUGGGUACAUGUAGAUACCCAGUUCAUCCUGAAGUGGGGUGGGAGAGGGUUUGGAAAGGAGGAGGCAACAGGAGGUGCCUCCAACGAAAGGAAAGAUGCCGUUCUUGGGGCAGGACUGGCGAUCCCCCGGAGGCUACUGGGUGAAAUCCGAGGACGGCUGGAAACGCUUCCAGUUUUACCGAGAUGACGACGAGGAGGAGAGCAGCAGCGACCGGCGCCAGCUGGAGAUCGGACAAUUGCAGGAAGAGAGCCAGGAAAGUAGAAUUAUUGGGGAAGACUGUGAGGUGAUAGUGAAAAAGAGGAAGAAAGACCACUUCAAUAACAACACAAGGACUCAAUAUUUCUGUCAGGAAAAGUGGAUCUAUGUCCAUAAAGGAAGCACCAGAGAAAGACAUGGUUAUUGUACACUAGGAGAAGCAUUUAACCGCUUAGACUUUUCAAGUGCAAUUCAAGACAUAAGAAGAUUCAACUAUGUUGUUAAACUUUUACAGCUUAUAGCAAAUUCACAGCUGACCUCUCUAAGUGGAGCUGCACAGAAGAACUACUUCAAUAUUUUGGAAAAGAUUGUUCGGAAAGUGCUUGAAGACCAGCAGAAUCCUCGACUAAUCAAAAAUCUUCUUCAGGACUUGGGUUCUGCCCUCUGCAUCUUAAUCCGUGAGGUGGGAAGGUGUGUCCUUGUUGGGAACGUUAACAUCUGGGUUUGCCGUAUGGAAACUAUUCUGAACUGGCAACACCAGUUAAAUAAUCUGCAAAUUACCCGGCAAAUGAAUAAAGGAGCAACAUUGAGUGACCUUCCACUUCACAUGCAGAACAGCAUCCUCUAUAAGUUUUCUGAUGGUCUGGAUAUUGUCAGUUUAGGUCAGGUGACUUCUACUCUGCACAUGCUCAGUGAAGAUAGACAUCUGUGGAAAAAACUUUGCCAGUACCAUUUUGCAGAAACACAGUUCUGCAGACACCUGAUUCUGACUGAGAAUGGUUGUGUUGACUGGAAACUUAUGUAUUUCACACUACAAAAAUAUUGUCCAGAAAAGGAGCAAUAUGGUGACGCCCUACAGUUCUGUCGUCAUUGCAGUAUUUUGUUCUGGAAGGACUAUCACCUUGCUUUAUUAUUCAAGGAUACAGGGCAUCCAUGCACAGCCAACAAUCCUGAAAGCUGCUCUACACCAGUGUCACCUCAGCACUUCAUAGACCUUUUUAAGUUUUAAACAGAACUAUGUAUGCUUGAAAGAUUUUAUUUUAGAGGGUCCCUCUUUUGUAGGCAAGCACUUUGCUGCUUUUCCUGUUCUAGUGCAAUACCCAUUGUUCUUCCUUUAAUUUAAAAACAGGUUUUUAAAUAAAAAUUGCAUAUGAAACAUUACAUUAAGCUUACAUUAGGGAAAAGAAAUCAUGUCGUCUUGUUUCCAUAAAUAAUAAAAACAUUGUAACUCCUGGCCAGGUGUUUGCAUGGAGUUAAUUCUUAAUUUGAAAGCUUCAAUAAUGUUACAACUUGAGUUUAAAUAGAUAUUUUUGCACAACAUGGCGUAUCUAGUCUGACAUGUGAUUUAGUCAACAAAAUAAUUGCUUUAGCGUUUUUUUAGCAGCCCAUAUUUAAGAUCCUGUGAGUUUGAUGCAAUUCAUAAUCUAGUGUACAAUAAUUUUAAAACAAAAAGCACUUUGUUAUGUUUUUAAGCUGCCUUUUGAAGAGAACAUUGGCCCUUACAAAGUAUUAUGUACGAUCAGUAUUCUUUAAGACUCCUCCACAUGAAUGGAAUUAAACUAUGUUACUGCUUUGAAUUGUAAUACCCAAGGUAUUUUCAAAGAUAUAUUGUGAAUGUACAUUAUUUUGUAAAACAAUCAUUCCAGCUGCCUAUAAUGUUACUGGUAUAAGAAGCUUAUCUGAAAGUAAAUACUAUAUUCUUAUAAGCUUGUGAUGCAGAAUACACAGUUGCUGUUUAAUAUUGGAAAAAAAUUUCCAUGAAUGAAUUCAGUAUGUAGGUUUUUUUAGUGCAGAAACAGUAAUAUACUGCCAAAACCUCGUAUCAUGUAAAUAUUUGGAGAAUUGGAAGAAAUAAAGAGAUUUUGAUUGACCCCUGAUUGAUUAAUCUAUUCACUUGUAUUUUACUAGAAACUGAAGUCUUGGGAGAUGUACUCUGUUUAUAAAGUGCCAACCUUUUUGUAUUCAUUUUUACUUAUAAAGUUGAAGAAUAACUA